UCAUUCGCAUAUACAUUAACCAUGUGAAACCAAAUCUUGAAGAUCUCUCUCAUUUCCUUCUUUGCAAUCAAACAAAACACCACCAGUGGAGGGAGGUGCAGGGAGAGGCUCACAGUAGGGAAGAGGAGGACAUGAAUUUUGACAGUGAAAUUGUGGUAAGAUGGCACAGAGUGAGGCGAAAGCGUGAAUCAAAGGUGCCCUUGAUAUGGAAGUUUUGGGUUUUUAUUUAUCCAUUCCUGUGCACUUGAAGGUUGAAAAGAGUGGUCGGUGAAACGUAACGUGGGAGUAGACAGUGGCCUUUGACUUGCUACUGCAAGAGCAACCUACACCUGCCAGUCUCUAUGCAAAUCCCAAUGCCCAACUUUGCUUUAAAUAUAGCAAUUCCCUUUUUCUUCUUGUAAAAAAAUCCCCCAGUUUUCUUUCAUUGGAUGUUUCACGUCCUAUUCGGCUAGCAAUUCGAGAGAGAGAGAGAGAGAGAGAGAGAGGGGUUUUAAAAUUUCGGCAGCUACAGUGAGAGCUUUUCAUAUCAGUGAUAUUUUGGAAGCCAUCGAAAGAGAAAGAUAGAAAGAACACAGCAACAGAACAAGAGAAAUAGAAAGAACGAGAAAAACAAAACAAACCUCUCUGCGUCUACUUCUCUUGUCUUACUCUCACCUCUUCUCUCCUCCAUGCUCAAUCCAUUUGACCCUUAUCAAAUCCUUCCACAAACAACCCAUUGAGACCAGAGACUCAGAGAAGAAAAGAUACAGUCUUGUUGAGUUUUCUUUUUGACAAUGGUGACUGGUUGGAAAAGGGCGUUUUGCACAUCCAUUCCUAAAGAGCGAGAAACCACUGUAUUCACAGAGAAGCAGCAACAAAAAAAGCAACAACAUGGCAACAGCAAUACCACCACCACCACCCCCAGUACCCAUAGCCCAAGAAUAAUCUCCAAGUUUGGAUUUUUCUCCAACCCAUCAACACCCCGUUUAAAAUCUCAAUCGGUAUCAAGCCCAGGUCUCUGGUGCCGAACAACCACAGCUACAACUCCUACAUCAUCAGUACCCGACAGCCCAAAACUUCAAUGCAAAACUGCAACUAUCAAAAAAUGCAUCAGCCCCAGAUUCUUCCACUUCUCCAAUUCCUCCUCCCCUAAAUCACCCUCCAGCUUCUCCCUUCUCAAAGCCAGCCUCCGCCUCUCCAAAACUGGAUGCGGAAUCUGCUUGCAGAGCGUGAAAAGUGGGCAAGGAACAGCUAUUUUCACAGCGGAAUGCAGCCAUGUGUUCCACUUCUCUUGCGUAGCUGCACACAUGAAGAAGCAGCAGCUCCUUAUCUGCCCUGUUUGCAGCGCCACGUGGAAAGAACUACCUUUGCUCUCUAUCCACCACAAACCAGAAAUCAAGAAAGUAGACGAAAAGCUCAAAGAACUUUCAAAAAUCAAGAACUUGAGAAUCUACAACGACGAUGAGCCUCUCAUGUCUCCUUCUUCCGGUUCUCUCUUCAAUCCUAUACCUGAAUUGGAAGAAACCGACGUCGAAGAUGAUGACGAGAACACAGCUCAAGAGUUUCAAGGUUUUUUUGUGAAUCCACGUCCAGUUAAAGUUAGUAAUCAUGUCAAGGUAAAUGCUAAAAAUGUGGAGGUCAGUUUGUUGCCGGACUCUGCGUUGCUGACGGUUGGGAGGAGUUCCCAGACGCAAGUCGUUGUGCUGAAGGUGAAAGCACCACCGCCUUCAGCGGCGCGCCGCCUGCCUAUUGAUUUGGUGACGGUUCUGGACGUGAGUGAGAUGAUAUGCAGGGUGAAAUCACAAAUGAUGAAACGCGUGAUGCGACUGCUAAUAUCUUCUCUGAAUUCCAAUGAUCGGUUGUCGAUUGUGGUGUUUUCAGCCACGUCCAAGCGGUUGUUGCCGUUGAGGAGGAUGACAGCCGAAGGACGAAGGUCUGCUCGUCGGAUUGUGGAGGCGCUGCAGAGUAUCGGUCGAGGUAUGAGUGCUCACGACGGGCUUAAAAAGGCCGCGAAAGUGAUUGAAGAUCGCCGAGAGAAGAAUCCCGUUGCCAGCAUCAUCAUCAUAUCCAACGGUCAAGAUGACCGGUCCUACGCUAACUCCUUUGCUCAGAAGCGUUCAUCAAGGAUGGUGUCAUCUACCCGAUUUUCUCACUUGGAAAUUCCUGUGCAUUCCAUUGGCCUGGGAGACAUAAGCGCGUGCAAGAACUCGCCACCUGCGGAUGCAUUGGCCAAGUGCGCGGGUAGAUUGUUAAGCGUUGUGGUUCAAGAUCUGAAACUUCAACUCGGCUUUAUUUCCGGUUCAGCUCCUGCACAAAUAGCAGCGGUUUAUUCACUCACUGGUCGGCCCAGUGCAUUUGGAGCCGGUUCGGUCUGGCUCGGGGAUCUCCACGCCGAGGAAGAGAGAGAAUUACUCGUGGAAAUGAAAGUGCCCACUUCCUCUAUCGGGUCUCACCAUGUAUUAUCCGUACAGUCGUCGUUUAAAGACCCAUCAUCGCAGGAGCCAAUCUUAUCUAAAGAAAAAGCACUGUUAAUACCUCGCCCUCAAACCGUUCGAUCAUCAGUACCUAAUAUCCAACGGCUGAAGGACCUCCACAUCACUACUAGGGCAAUAGCUGAAUCUCAGCGAUUAACGGAUCAUAACGAUUUAUCUGGAGCUUAUCAUUUAUUAUCCUCAGCUCGAGCUUUGGUGAUGCAGUCGAGUGACGGCUCGACUAUCGAGCAUUUGCGCAGCUUAGAGGCAGAGCUUGGCGAGCUGCAUCGGCGUAGGCAGCAAUUGGUGCAGAGCCAGAAGCAGAAGAGUAGUCAGCAAGCGGAGGAGAAGCCAGAGCCUCUUACCCCGACAUCGGCGUGGCGAGCCGCAGAGAGGUUAGCUAAAGUGGCGAUUAUGAGAAAGCAUAUGAACAGGGUCAGUGAUUUGCACGGCUUUGAAAAUGCUAGAUUUUGAAUUUUUUUGUUGUUUUCUAUAUUCUGUAAUACAAAGAAAUAUAAAGAAAUAAAAAUAAAUUUUGUAAAAAAAAAAAAAUGAUUGAGUGAACCCAGGCCCAUAAUAACGACAAGCAGUACUGGGCGGCUAGGCCCUUUCUGCAACGAAAAGAAAGGAUAGCGAGAUGAAAGCGGAUUAGGGUAGUGUUGCCCGUCGCCAUGUCCUACUUUGCUUUGUCUCUAUUCACCAUAAUUUUAUUUUGCACUCAA